AUGGCUUGCUUCACAACACUCUCCACCUACCUUCAACAGUUUCUCAAGUUCAACACACACACAGAGCAAGACCCAGGAAGAAAGAGAGAAAAUGCUUCUCUCGGUGUUCUUGGCUCUGUGUCUUCCGUUCGCCGGCGGGAGCCCGGUGCUCCUGGUCUAGGUUUGCCUCCUCAAGUACGUCUUUGGCGCCAAUCGCCGGGCCAGAACGGACAAGCUAGCCCAAGGCAGAGGGCUGUCGGCUCAGGAGCUUGCGGAGCUGCAACGGUCACCGGGAAGGAGCUGGCGGCGAGGACAGAGUGUGCGGUCUGCCUUGAGGAGGUUGCCGGAGAGGAGCCGGCCCGGGUGGUCCUGGGUUGCCGCCACGGGUUCCACCAGGAGUGUGCUGACGCGUGGCUCGCCCGGCGUUCGGUGUGCCCCGUUUGCAUGGCCAAGCUCGAGCCUCAGUCGUGGGCCGAAGAAGCCGGAGAUCAUCAAAGCCCGUGCUAG